GUCGUUCUGUUACUGGUUCCAGUAUGGCUACACUUCUCUCAUAUGGCACUGAAAGUUUUGUAGAAAUAGGAUUCUUUCUUAAGAAAUAGGCAACCUCUAUAGCUCUUUUAACUCUAGAGGUAAUUCAGUGAUAGAAAAGCAGAGCCAGAUUUACUAAACGAUGAAUAUAAUGUAUGUGAUUAAAUUCCAGAGUGGAGACCAGCUCCAGAUGUCCACUUGUCCUGUAAGCCAUGUGACAUCAGGGUAGGGUAGGUUAAGAGAAUGAGGUUGCUCCAUUAAACUCCACACCCUGGUAGGAGGAUAAGGGAAAUAGUUAUUUUCCAUGUCCUCCAGCAUAGAUGAAAGGACUCUGCAAGAGGAGUUGAAUUCAGAAAUUCAGCUAUAGUCCAAUUUGUGACCGAAGCUGACAUGUCUGCCUAAUGAUAAGCCUGAAAGGGCAAAAAUUAAAUCUAACUUUUCAACAAGGUAGGAAAACUUUUAGUAUGAAGUGUCCUUUUGUUUUGCAGUACAUGUCAGGAUUUGGUAAUGAAUUCAGCUCUGAAGAUCCACGCUGCCCUGGAGCCUUACCAGAAGGACAGAAUAAUCCUCAGGUCUGUCCGUAUGGGCUGUAUGCUGAACAGCUCUCAGGGUCAGCAUUCACUUGUUCACGAUCCUCCAAUAGGAGAAGCUGGCUGUAUAGAAUUCUGCCUUCCGUUUGCCAUAAGCCCUUUCAGCCUAUUGAUCAGGGUUAUCUGACACAUAACUGGAAUGGAACUGAACCUGAACCCAACCAGUUGAGAUGGAAGCCGUUUGAGAUCCCUACAAUCCCUCAAAGAAAGUUGGACUUUGUAACUGGACUAUACACUUUGUGUGGUGCUGGUGAGCCAAAGUCACGGAAUGGGCUUGCAAUCCACAUCUUCAUCUGUAACACCUCCAUGAUUAACAGAUGUUUUUGCAAUUCUGAUGGAGACUUUCUGAUUGUACCACAGCAAGGCAAACUGCUCAUCACUACAGAGUUUGGCAAGCUGCUAGCGGAGCCCAAUGAGAUCUGUGUCAUUCAGAAAGGGAUGCGUUUUAGUGUGGAAGUAUUUGGAGAAACUAGAGGCUAUAUCCUGGAAAUAUAUGGUGUACAUUUUGAGUUGCCUGACCUAGGACCUAUUGGAGCCAAUGGCUUAGCUAAUCCACGAGACUUCCUUGUGCCAGUUGCCUGGUAUGAAGACGGCCAAAUAGCUGAGGAUUACACAGUGAUCAGCAAAUACCAAGGGAAACUCUUUGAGGCAAAACAGAACUGCUCUCCCUUCAAUGUUGUGGCUUGGCAUGGGAAUUACACACCAUACAAGUACAAUCUCAGCAAUUUCAUGGUCAUAAAUUCCGUGGCUUUUGAUCACGCGGACCCUUCCAUCUUUACUGUCUUAACUGCAAAAUCAACAUGUCCCGGAGUAGCCAUUGCUGAUUUUGUUAUAUUUCCACCUCGCUGGUCAGUGGCCACCAAUACUUUCCGCCCACCUUAUUAUCACAGAAAUUGUAUGAGUGAGUUUAUGGGCUUGAUCAAAGGGACUUAUGAGGCAAAGGAACUAGGAUUUCUACCAGGAGGAGCCACUCUGCACAGCAUGAUGAUACCCCAUGGACCAGAUGCUGAAUGUUUUGAGAAGGCCAGCACAAGCAAGCAGGAGCCUGAGAGAAUUGCAGAGGGAACUAUGGCCUUCAUGUUUGAAUCUUCCCUUAGCUUGGCUGUGACCAAAUGGGGGCUGACUACCAGCUUAGAUAAGAAUUACUACAAGUGUUGGGAAGCACUGAAGAUUAAUUUUAAUGACAAACAUAAAUGAAGAUACCAGAAGCAUCCACAUCCAGGGUCUUCUUUCCCAAGUAGUUCAAGAAAAUUAUGGGAACAAUAUCUCAGUCCACCUUAUAUGAGCAUCUGAAAAGAUGAAUGUCUAGCAACUAAAAAAAAAAUUAAAACCACUGUGAACUGUUCAUGUAAAACUGUCCAUUAUAAAACUGGGAAUAUCUGUUAAGCCUCCCAUCAUAUUAUACCCAAUACC